AUGCCUAAUUUGUGUCAUUUGACAAAUAUUCAGGGUGCGUUUUUCAUGGAAUAAAAGUUCCAGAUUUUUUUCAGAAAAAAUAUUUCAAUAUUUACUUUAAACCAGUUGUAAAAUCAUAAUAAAAUAUCAAUUUCUUUUCAAAAAUCAAAUAAGAAAUUUCUGUUCGAUUAUUGUUCACAGUUGAAAAAUGACAAAAACACAUCAUAAAUAUUUACCCAUUUUCUCAUAAAUUUACAUUUCGUAUUUUUUUGCCUACUGUCAAAUAACACAGUAAUCCGAUUGUUAACCGUUUUAUUAUUAUUAUUUGGCCAAAGAAAAAACGAGGUGGUAAUUUGUCAAAUACAAAAAUAUGAAGACUUUUUGAUUUUUCUUCGGAGAGUUAAUUUUUAUUCUAAAGUUUUUUGUUUUUUUUUUGUUGGACUUCGUGGUAAUUUAGAAACGAUCCACCAACGAUGAAACCUUUCUUGAAAAAAGAAUGUAUACUUUACAGUAUGAAAAUUAGCCUGCCUAGUUCAGCCCGUUUCAUUUUCCCGCUAUAAAAAUAUUUUAAAACUUUAUUUAAUCUUGAAGUUUCAACAGUGAACUCAUUUUUCCAUUUAUUUUCGUUGCUACUUUAAAAAUGAUAUAGCAAACAAAGUUCAAGUUUACAUUGAUACCAUUGAUUUCUUUGAACUCGAAACUCUAUUCAGAAGUAUAACAUCCAGAUUUUCUAAUUCUAAGAAAAAAUAAUAUUUUGAUAAUACUCCCACAAUUCUGAUAAAUAGUUCAAUCCACUCAUUUUUUCUAUUUACUUCUUCUUUUCAAAUAUUUUUUAAUCCUCUCAGCCGAUUUGUUUCAUUUUUUCACGAACAAACUGAAUCAGAUCAACAUCAUACAUAGUCUGAACAAUUAUUACUUUUGUUGUUCCGAUGAUAGUGAAUUGUUUUCAAAUAUUCAUUGACCCAUUUCAGAUUUUAGUGUGCAAAAGUUCAAUCUUUGAAAUAAAUAAUCGGAAACCAGUUAGUUGAUGUAAAAAUGUACACAAUUAGAGUUGCGCUAAAUAUAUUUAGAUUGAUAUUUGCUGAAAAGUUCAAUAAGUAACCUCCCGCCCGCUCGCCUACAAACAUUCUUUUGAACUUCUUUAAAUUCUCAAAUUUUCUUGUUUGAACUGGCCAAACAUCGAAAAAUCUUUACAGCUAUGAUAACUCGUGUUGGCGACGUUGCUGAUAAUUCGCCAAGGCGUGGAAGUCCUUCGGAAGUUUUCUCAUCUGAUAUCAAUAAUAUUCACAGAUCUCGAAAUGAUGCCAAAAAACAAAAGUGAGUCGAGAAAAAAAAAUCUAUGUUGAAAUGUUUCUCGGUUUUGCAAAACGCUUUGUUCCAAGCCAUGCUGUAGAAAAAAUAGCCGAUUUUAUCUUCGAAACACAAUAGACGCAGACAGUUUUCAUUUUCCUGUCCAGCCCAAAUAUUUGCUUAUCUUUCCAUUUUUUUCCUCUUCAUGCGAAUAUCUAUAGAUCCCAUUUAUAGUACUAUAAUUAAUCAUGAUAUUGAUGCUGGAAAUUUUUUACGCUCUAAAAUUUAUCGAUUUAUCAGAUCGCGCAGGUUAGUGAGUUUGAAUAUGUAUGUUAGAGAAGAAGAAGAAGCUAGUUAGUCAUCAUCCGGAUAAUCUAGGAUUUUUUGCUGUGUCUCAGUUUUUUUAUCAUCUAGUUUUAUUUUUUUUAUAUUACUACUUUUUCUGUCCUUGUUGCUCUACUAAAAUGGGUCAUGGCGAAGAAGGAGGGUUAGUUUAAGCAGGACCAAAAAUUGGGCAAAUUUGCUUUGGCCCGAUUUUGUAGAGAUCUGAAUUUAAUCAUCAGAUUCGGACCAGUAUUCUGAACAAGUUAGAAAUAGUCAGACAUUUUAAAAAUUUGGUCGAACCUCCUGAAGUUGAUGAAUGCCAAGCGAAGACCAAAAGUUCAUUUAUUUGCAGAUGUUCGAAAUGGGUUGCCAUUGUGUUCGGAAUCUUAGCUGUUCUAUUUUGUUUGUCAACAAUUGCCUUGGCUAUUGUAGUUGGUAUCAAAUAUAACGAAGACGACAAAAGUAGCGAGGUAAGUUUAGAAAUGAAAAGUCAACAAACAAACAAACAUAAAAAACUCAGAUUAAUAAGACCAUAGUUGAAAUUGAUGUUGAACAAACUACAAUGGUAAAAUAUUUUAUUUUCGUAUUGUGAAUUUGUGAAGUUGAAAUAGAAAAACUAACACUUUCCAAUGUACACGGAAUUUUGAAAGUUAAUCAAUUAUUAUUUCAGCCUGUUAUCCAAAGAGAUGAUUCUGGAAACGUUUUAUUUGAUUGGCCACAACCAUCUGGUUCAUUAUUUGCUCAUUACAAGAAAGCAUCAGUGGCUUCAGAUCAUGGUCUUUGUUCUGAAAUUGGAAGAGAUGUUCUAAUUGAUGGUGGAAAUGCUGUUGAUUCAAUGAUUGCGACACUUCUUUGUAUUGGAACUGUCAAUCCACAAAGUUCUGGAAUUGGUGGUGGAUUUGUUAUGACUCUUUAUAAUGCAUCAACUGGUCUUUGUCAAUCUGUAAAUGCAAGAGAAACAGCACCAGCUGCAGCUACAGAAGAUAUGUUUGUUGAAACACCAACUGAUUCAGUUUAUGGUUAUCGAUCGAUUGCAACACCUUCAGAACUUCAUGGAUUCUGGACUGUUUUCAAUCGAUUUGGAUCAGGAAAAGUUACUUGGGCGAGAUUGUUUGAGCCAUCAAUCAAAUUGGCUCAUGAAGGAUUCCCAGUUUCAUCAAAUUUGGCUAUGGUUCUUUCUGAUAAAGAAAAAUUAAUUCGAGAAGAACCAACAAUGAGAGAAAUAUUUGUUAAUUCAAAAACAAACCGAGUUUAUGAAGAAGGAGAUGUUUUGAGAAGAGAAAGAUUAGCAAAGACUUAUGAGCUCUUGGCAAAUGCAAGUGAUCCAGUUGAAUUAUUCUAUAAAGGAGGAAUGGCACAAACAAUUGCUGGAGAAAUAACUGACAAAGGUGGAUUGGUUAAUGAAACCGAUUUGGCUGAUUAUGAAACUGUUAUCAAUGAAACACCUCUUGUUAGUACUCAUCUUCCCGGAGAUUAUGAAAUGUGUGGACCACCACCUCCAUCAUCUUUUGUUAUUACUCAAAAUAUUAUUCAAGUUAUGGCACAAUUUUAUCAAGAUGGAAAAGUUGAUCUUAAUGACCCACUUGUUUAUCACAGAUUAAUUGAAACUGAAAAAUUUGCCUAUGGACAGCGUACCAAACUUGGUGAUGUUGCCUUUGUUGAAAGUGCGAAAACGCUUGUCGAUGAAAUGAUGACUGAGUGAGUAAAACAUGUACCUGAUUGAGAAAUCCAUUGCUCAUAUCUAUAUUCCAGAGAGUACACUAAAAAGAUUGCGGGUCUCAUCAAGGAUACAGCUCAACCUCUUGAUUAUUAUGGUGGAGACAAAAAAGACAUGGUAUGUUUUGCAAAAACAAAAACCAAAAUUAUGUAGUUUGAAAAUACUAACAUUUUUCCCACUAACAAUGUUUUUCAGGGUGAUUCAGAAAAUGUUCGAAAGGUAUGGCAUGUUGUUUAGUUUGUAAUGUUGUUAUGUGUUAUUUUGUCAGAAUAUCUUAUAGCUCUUCUAAGUACAGUAACAGAUUUAUGAAUUUUACAGGCUCCAGAUCACGGAACAUCACAUGUUUCAAUUAUUGAUUCACAAGGUAACGCAAUUUCAUGUACUUCGACAGUUAAUCAAAUGUGAGUUAUAUCUAAAUAUUUUUUGAUUUUCUAAUCCUUUUUGUUAUAGUCUUGGUUCAAUGCGUGCUUCUGGAACACUUGGAAUUAUCUGGAAUGAUCAAAUGGAUGAUUUCUCGACUCCUGGACAGAAAAACUCUUUCGGUUAUGCUCCUUCUGAAACAAACUUUAUCAAGCCUGGAAAACGUCCAAUGAGUUCGAUGAGUCCAACAAUUAUCUAUAACAAAAACGAAAACCGUGUUGAAAUGGUUGCUGGAGCAUCUGGUGGAUCAUAUAUUAUUUCAUCUACUGCACAAACUGUUAUUCGAACAUUAUUAUUCAAUCAAACAGUCAAAGCAGCUGUUGAUGCACCUCGAUUCCAUAAUCAGUAUCUUCCAGAAACAACAGAAACUGAAGAAGCAAUGCCACAACAUUUAAGAGAUGUUUUGACUGAAAAAUAUGGUCAAAACUUUACAGUUGUUCCUCGUCAAAAAUCAGUUGUUCAAGCACUUCAAGUCGUUGAAGGUAAUUAUUUUUUAAUCUCAAAUUCAACAUCAUUUAUAAGAAUUUUCAGGUUUCAUCGAAGGUAACAGUGAUUUCCGACGAAAAACAGCAACUUAUCCGGCUGGUUAUUGA